GUAAGUCUACCGAGCAAGUGAAGGGAGAAGCUCUGUGUCCCGAGGUCGAUAACUAAGUGUCAGUAGUCAGAGUCGACCCGAGUGAAGGAUCAGACCGAGCGAGCACCAUGAUCGAGGACCGGAGGAGCGUGACCUUAUUGGCCCUGCUGGCUUUUCUGGCCUCCGCUGAAGCAGCUACCCUCUUGGGCGCGCCACUUUGUCCCGACCCCCAUGGGGUCCACGCGUACGCUCACCCCGAGCACUGCAACUCCUUCUUUCUCUGCACGAACGGCUCCCUGAGCCUCGAGUACUGCGAGAACGGAUUGCUUUUCGAUGGCCAUGGCGCCAUAUACAACCAUUGCAACUAUCACUGGGCCGUCCACUGCGGGAAUCGCAAGGCUGACCUAACUCCUGAUAGCAGUCCUGGUUGCGAGCAUCAAUUUGGUCUCUACCCAAUCAGUGAUGCCUGCAGCACCUCUUAUAUCAGAUGUGCUCAUGGACAUCCGGAAGAAGAACACUGCGACGCAGGUCUGGUUUACGACGAGAAGAGUCACAAUUGCGUCUGGCCUGAUCAACUGUUGCCCUACUGCAAUCCGGAGGAAAUAGUCGGCUUUAAGUGCCCUCACAAGGUGCCUUCCCACAGUGCGGCUGCCAAGUUCUGGCCCUACCCAAGAUUCCCUGUACCUGGAGAUUGCGGUCGAUUGAUCACUUGUGUCGACGGCAAUCCCCGCUUACUUACAUGUGGUGAUGGGAAACUCUUUGAUUCCGUAAGUCUAAGCUGUUUGGAUCCCGACGAAUUGCCUCACUGCGCCAAUAAUGUAUAAAUUACAUAGGUAUGCCAGUGAACACAAGUCGAAUUCACAAGCAUAAUCACUGUUUUAGAAUCUUGAAAUCCGAAGUCUUCAUCUCAUUCUGAACCAAUAAUCUUCUCAACCAAUUAUUUAAUUAUUUACUGUAAAAAUUACGA